CCCACACCCUUUUGAUUAGAAUGACAUCAUUACUUCAUGUUUCUUUUGGGGGCAGGACUGAGAGAGUAGAGACAGUCAGAGAGAGAGAGCCGCUCCAGUCUUGCUUCCUGCAGCUCCGCACUGAAUAAGAGAGACAAUAACCAACCAAGAUGGCAAACAAGGGACCUUCAUAUGGGUUGAGCAGAGAAGUGCAGAUGAAGAUCGAUCAGAAGUACGAUCCAGAACUUGAGAACAUCCUCGUCAAAUGGAUCAUCGCACAGUGUGGGCCGCAAAGCGGUGAACCCGAAGCUCCAGGCAAAGCAGCCUUCAGCAGCUGGCUCAAAGACGGCACUGUCCUUUCUAAUCUCAUCAACUCUCUCGCCCCCAACUCCGUGGCAAAGGUGCAAAAGUCGGGAAUGGCAUUCAAACAGAUGGAGCAAAUCUCUCAGUUCCUGAAGGCAUGCGAGCGAUAUGGUGUUCCAGCUACUGACCUCUUCCAAACAGUUGACUUGUGGGAAGCUAAGGAUUUGGCUAGCGUCCAGAGGACACUGAUGAAUUUAGGGAGUCUCGCUGUUACCAAACAAGAUGGGUUUUUUCAAGGAGACCCCCUCUGGUUCCCCAAGAAGUCUCAAGAGAACAAGCGUGAUUUUUCCCGGGACAAGUUAAAAGAAGGACAGAGUGUGAUUGGCCUUCAAAUGGGAACCAAUAAAGGAGCAUCACAGUCUGGAAUGACAGGCUACGGCAUGCCGAGACAAAUUCUCUGACCGCACAACAUCAACGAGCCCCAGGCGGAACGCGUGACAAAUUACUCAAUCGUCUCCUCCUUCCUUCCGUUUUAUCCCCCAGAUUUCUUCUUUCUUCCAUGCCUAUGAGCAACACCUUAAUGGACGCUUUGCAAUUCUAAAUGCAGCCUUUAGGCUCCACACCACUUUGCUAAAUUAGUAGAAACCAAUGACCCAAUCCGAUAGAAACUAAAUGUCAAGCCAUCAAGGGAAAAUCAAUAUUUCACAUAAAAAAAAACAAAUACACAUUUUGUGAGAUGCACAUGUGAGAUGGAAAGCAAGACCACCUGUGUAAAGUAUUUCAAUGUUCAAUUGGUGGUUAUGUUUUCAAUAUGCCAAGCGUCUUACAGCACUAUUUACUGUCUUAAAUAUGGUUAGAUUUUAUUGCUUAUCCGAGGAACCUACACACAGACAUCUUUGUGUUUCUUUACCAUUGUCUUUAUGUAACCCUUCUGUUUUACAGAACCCUUUUAGAUCCCUCAACAUUCCAAGGCUGUCUUCAGCUGUCUAACUUUUUUUUUUCUCAAAAUGUUUGACCAAAUUUCAAUGGCUUUUAUACCAAAGUCUGAAGGACUGAUAGUUUGGUUUUUCCUGUGGCUGGUGAAAAAUCCCGUGGUGUGUCAUAUCGACACGAACAAAAUCACUCAAAGGGAAAUGAAUGUUAUAGAUACUCCUUCUGUGGCAAUCCUUGUGGCUGAAGUGGAACCUGCCUACUCUGUGGCUCUGCUGUCUGCUCUUGUGAUAAAAUGCUGAAUACAUUUCCAAAUAAAGACCAAAAUAGGUUUAUA